ACUAGCUGUAUAGGCACUACCGGUGUUUUAUUCGUCGUUGUCGUCAUGCGUUCAGGCCGCAGUUCACGUUUAGUAGUCGAGUAUCGCAGAGUAGACGUCGAAUAACCAUUUAUACUAAUUAAGUAUACGUAUACUGCGAAUAUGUUGAAAAUCGGAUUUUUCGGUGCGGGCAAAAUGGCUCAGGCGUUGGCCAAAGGUUUCUUGGCGGCCGGUCUCGUCAAAGGAGAAAACAUUACAGCCAGCUGUGCCCCACAAGACACGCAGUGCGUCGAAGCUUUCGAGGGAUUUGGAUCUAAAGUGACUUUCGACAACCAGUCGGUGGCCGACAACGCUGACGUCCUACUGCUGGCCGUUAAACCAUCCGUGGUCAAGACGGUAUUGGACCAGAUCCGUCCGAAUUUCACGUCUAGCAGACACCUGUUGCUGUCCGUCGCCAUGGGUGUCACCGUAAAUCAGUUGGAAAACCUCUUACCGGACGGAUCGAGGGUAAUGCGAGUAAUGCCCAACACUCCUGCGUUGGUUCAGUGCGGUGCUUCCGUGUACGUGCCGGGCAAUCGGGCGACGGUCGAAGACGAGAAGCUGACGGCAAAACUUUUGUCGUCCGUGGGCACGGCGGAGCGCGUACAAGAGUACUUGAUGGAUCCGAUCACUGCGCUCAGUGGUUCCGGUCCGGCAUACGUGUACGUGAUUAUUGAAGCGCUGGCCGACGGUGCCGUUCGCAUGGGCAUGCCUAGAGACAUGGCUUACCGAUUGGCGUCGCAGACUGUCCUGGGCGCAGGGACCAUGGUUCGAGAGACGAAAGAACAUCCGGGAAAACUCAAGGAUGACGUUACCUCACCAGCGGGUUCUACGGCGGCUGGUCUCUGUGCUCUGGAACAUGGUGGCCUAAGAUUUACAAUCAUUGACGCUUUGGAAAAAGCUACGGAAAAAUGUAAGGAAACUUCAAAGGCGCUUUAAACCAAUCGCCCGGUGUAAGCAUUCGCGUUCACUGUAUAUCUAGUCUAAUUGACAAUCAUUCUUAAAUCAAACUAUUUAAAUUUAUAUUGUACAUGGUUUUAUACUAUAUUAUUAUUAACUAAUUUUAAUAAUUUUUUUACGAUUGUGUUCAAAUUACAUAUUUUUUGUUCUUA